AUGUCCUGCCCGGCCUUCAGCGACCGGGCAUUUGGACCACGAGUCCACACAAACUGUCGGUCUUUCGACUUCACCCUGCAGUUUGAGGAUGUUCUCUUCGCCUGCUUGCCGGCGGCAUUGUUUAUCCUGCUCGCCCCGCCGAGAAUCACCCAGCUGCUUCGACAGCCUACUGCUUUCUCGACUCGAUCGAGGCUCUUGGCCAGCAAAUUGGUGGCUUUGACGGCCCUGCUUGCCCUACAAUUGGCUUUCCUAGCUCUGCGUACCAAAACCCCUUCAUUCCAGAGUCCUGCAUCGGUCGCCGCCGAUGUCUUGGCCUUUGUCGCUACGCUUACAGCUCUGCUGCUGUCUGUCCUGAACCAUCAGAGGUCACCUCGGCCCUCGACCAUACUCAGCCUGUAUUUCUCGGCAUCCAUCAUACUUGGCAUUGCCCGCGUGCGAACAGCAUGGCUUCUCCCUUCUGGCGGCCCUUUGCCGGCCAUCGCAACAGUCGUGUUAGUUCUCACAUUAAUGGUGCUUAUGCUAGAGUCAAUCGAGGCGAAGAAAAUCCUUGCCGCAUCUGAUGACGCCCCAGACGUUAAAAACACAAUCCCCGAGCAGAGCAGUGGCUUCUGGGCGAGGACUUGCUUUUGGUGGUUGGCAAAGACCUUCUAUUUGGGGUACUCCAAAGUGAUAUCUUUGAGCGACUUGCCCAGGAUCGAUCCGAGCAUGGAGAGUCGCCUUCUCCAUAGGGACCUUGCUGUCGCCUGGGACAAAUACGACCACCAAAGUCGCCAUAGUCUUCUCAAAGCUUGCUUUUGGGGCUACCUUUUGCCUUUCUUAGCUCCCGUUAUUCCCCGGCUCUGCUUGACCGUCUUCACAUUCGCGCAGCCAUUUCUCAUAAACGCGACUGUGGCCUAUGUUAGUAAAGAGAACCCGGACGUGAGCUACGGUAGAGGCCUCAUCGGCGCCUGGGCACUAGUGUAUCUGGGUAUCGCGGUCAGCAACUCGGUCUACCAGUACCACAAUGUCCGUUUUACAACUAGGCUUCGAGGGGGAUUGAUCGCGCUCAUCUACCAGAAUGCGGUCUAUACGAGAGACGUUGACACUGGAGAUAUCACGGCGGUAGCCCUGAUGGGUACGGAUGUCGAACGCAUCUUUGGCUCCAUGUCCGUGUUCCAUCUGUUGUGGGGUUCGCUGCUUGACAUUGCUAUUGCAAGCUGGCUCCUUGGGCUGCAGUUAUCUAUCGCCUGCCUGGCACCGAUAGUCCUUGUACUGAUUUUUAUCGCUGCAAUGUCCAAGGUUUCGGUAGCCAGCAAAACAGCGCAAAUGCGAUGGAUCGAGAAGAUCCAAGAACGCCUCCGCAUCACGACGACUGUGCUCGGCGAGAUGAAGGCUGUAAAGAUGCUUGGACUCACAGAUGUCAUGUCGAAUACAAUUCAGGGGCUUCGCAAUGAUGAGAUCAACACCUCCAAGUCUUUCCGGAAGCUAAUUGUGGCUACUCUGAUACUCUCACUUACGCCGAUCAAUCUCGCCCCCAUUGUCACCUUCGCAGUAUAUGUCAUAAUCUCAGUAUACUGGAAACACAAGACGCUAUUGCCUGCUCAAGCGUUCACCUCCAUCGCAUUGAUUGGGCUUUUGACCACUCCCGUUGUCGCAUUCCUACAACUGCUGCCGAUGGUUGUCCAAUCGCUCGCAUGCUUCGACCGCAUCCAAGACUUUUGCAACUACGGUCACCAACCUGCGACUCUUGAUGGACGAAGUAGCACCUCCAGCGCGCCGUCAGGAACUGAUAUCAGCCUUGUUCCGUUGACGACGACCGAGGACGACAGAAAGCCAGCAAAUGCCCCGCCGCUACCCGUUGUCUCGUUCAGAGGGAACAGCUUUGGCUGGAAAAAGGACCAGACUGUCCUCCACGACAUGACCGUUGAUAUUGCUCGUAACGCGAUGACGGUCAUUAUCGGUCCUGUGGGAAGCGGCAAGUCAUCUUUCCUCAGCGCUAUACUGGGGGACAUGAUAUCCAUCUCUUCUGCUGCUACGUCAGGCAAUAAAACUUGUCUAGAAAAAGAGCAAGUAGCGUAUUGUUCACAGACCCCGUGGCUGGAGAACGGGACGAUUAGGCAAAACAUACUCGGUGUUACACUUUACGAGCAGAAAUGGUAUGAUACCGUCGUCUCAGCCUGCGGACUCGAAGCGGAUUUGCAAGCGCUACAAAAGGGCGACUACACGCUUGUUGGUAGCAAAGGUGUAAAUCUCAGUGGCGGCCAAAAGCAGCGCAUCGCUCUUGCCCGCGCCGUCUACUCCAGGAAGAAGGUCGUUGUCCUCGAUGAUGUUUUUAGCGGCAUGGAUGCCCACACGGCUGACCACGUCUCAAUGCGUCUGCUUGGCACCGAUGGUCUUUUGCGUAAACAGCACGCAGCGGUUAUCAUCGCAACACAUAGCCACAAAAUUAUGGCCAUCGCCGACAUCAUUAUUUCCCUUAGUGAAGGCAGAAUACAAGAAGUUGGAAGCCCUACAUCCCUCAUGCAAGGUCAAGGUUAUACCAGUAGAUUUGGGCUCAAGCUAUCUCCUCACGGUGUGGUUGAGGAGAUACAGGACCCUCAUGAUUCUGCAACUUCCAUGGAAAAGCCGAUCACGUCAGCCGACGAGGACAAUAAUCAAAACCAGAAGCUUCACACAGAUAUCCGACGCAAGAACGGGGAGAAGGCAGUGUACGAGUACUACUUGAAGAAUGCCGGCUGGAAGGCGGUAAUCCUGUACACUGUCUCCGUCAUCAUGUGGACCUUUUUCUCCGAGUUCUCCACCGUCUGGGUCAAGUGGUGGUCUGAAGCCAAUGCCAGCGAGCCCAACAAGAGCGUGGGAUACUACAUGGGUGUCUACGCUGCCUUUGGCGUCCUUGGCACUGUGGCAGCUUCUUUGGCUGCCUGGUUUGCAUUUCUGGACAUAAUCACUAACACGGCUCUCAACUUGCACUCCGACCUUCUCAAAACAACUCUAGCGGCAUCAUUCCGUUUCUUAACCAGAACAGACAAUGGCGAAAUUCUUAAUAGAUUCAGCGAGGACAUGCAGCUUAUAGACAUGGAUCUACCGUCCAACUUGGUCAAUUACACUUCUACGGCUGUAUCUGCGGUGAUCAAACUCGUGAUUCUCGCCGUCUUCUCUCAAUAUCUCGGAAUCACCCUUCCUUUCCUCGGGACCGUGGUCUAUUUCCUGCAACGCUUCUACCUCCAGACGUCUCGCCAGGUUCGUCUUCUCGGAAUCGAAGCAAAGGCUCCCCUCUACACCCACUUCUCCGAGUCCGUGGCCGGCGGCGCGACCAUCCGUGCCUUUGGCUGGCAAGCGCAGCACCAGGAUCGUAACUAUGGCCAUAUCGACUUGUCCCAGAGGCCAAACUAUGUUCAGAGCUGCAUCCAGGCGUGGCUCACGUUUUCUCUCAAUGUCGUCGUGGCUGCGCUCGCUGUUAUUCUCGUGUGUGUAGUUGUCACCUGGCACGACAAAUUCAGUGCCGGAAGCGUCGGUGUCAGUCUUGUCAUGGUUAUCGGCUUUAGUGAGGUGCUGGCACGUAUGAUUCAAAGCUGGACCAAGCUUGAGUCCAGCAUCGGGGCCGUCGCAAGAGUGAGAAGGUUUGUGGCGGAGACCGAAACGGAGCAAACUACCGGCAAGGGGCAUCUACCUGCGAACUGGCCGCAUGCCGGUGCUGUCAACUUCUUCGACAUUGUCGCGUCUUAUGGUACCGACACCGAACCCGUUCUCAAGGGAGUCUCGUUGUCAGUAGAGGCUGGUAAACACGUUGCUAUUUGCGGUCGCUCAGGCAGCGGCAAGACGUCGCUCAUUCUCACUCUACUACAGAUGACAGAUGUCAAGCAAGGUAAAAUUGAGAUUGACGGUGUUGACAUAUCGACUUUGAUACCAACCGAGCUUCGGUCUUGCGUCAAUGUCGUUUCCCAAGAUCCCUUCCUCAUGCCAGGGACCAUUCGAUUCAACAUUGACCCGUUGGGCCUUGUCUCCGAUGACGCAAAGAUUACCCAGGCCCUUGAAAGAGUCGGCCUAUCGAGGCUUGUUCAAGAGCAAGGCGGCUUGGACACAGAGAUGGACGACAAAGCUUGGUCGGCCGGUCAGAAGCAGCUUCUCUGCAUGGCCAGGGCCAUUCUUCGGCAAUGUAAGCUUUUGAUUCUGGACGAGGCGAUGAGCAGUGUGGAUUUUGAGACCGAGGUGGCCCUGCAGGAUGUCGUUGACAAUGAAUUCCGUGACUGCACCGUGUUGGCUGUGAUGCACAGGCUCAAGCACGUCUCGCAGUACGACAUAGUGGCGCUGUUUGGUGACGGCGAACUAUUAGAGGCUGGAGAACCAUCUGCGCUGAUUGCAGCAGACACCCGGUUUGCUGAGCUAUACAGGAUGAAUUCAAACUGA